ACGUUGCUGAACCUACUUAUCACCACGUGCACCUUCAAUAUGUCGACAUUAACUUUAUAAAUCCAAUCAACCCUCUUUUUAUUUGUUUCCGCUUUUCUUUCUUUCUUCUCUAUUUUCUCUCUCUUUCCCAAUUUUCUUUUCUAUAUUAACAUCAAAUUUUGCACCUUUGAUAAUUUGAGCCUACAUCAUCCCUUUGACAUUCUGGGUGUUCUUCAAUUUCCAAUCAUCUUAUUUGGGUUUUCUUUAUCUUUCCUUGGCUGUUUUUAUUAGGGAUAUCCAUCCUUUAAACAAUUUCGGAGUCUCAAUUUGGUUCAAGCUAAACUCAAUUGGUUACAAUGUCUUCACCAAGUAAGAGAAGAGAGAUGGAUGUUAUGAAGCUGAUGAUGAGUGAUUAUUCAGUGGAGACGAUAAAUGAUGGGCUUAAUGAGUUCAAUGUCAUGUUCAAUGGUCCAAAAGAUAGUCUCUAUGAAGGCGGGGUGUGGAAAGUCCAUGUUGAGCUUCCAGAUGGCUAUCCUUAUAAGUCCCCUUCCAUUGGGUUCAUAAACAAAAUAUUCCACCCAAAUGUUGAUGAACUGUCUGGCUCGGUGUGCUUGGAUGUUAUCAACCAAUCGUGGAGUCCUAUGUUUGAUUUGUUAAAUGUGUUUGAAGUCUUUCUUCCACAACUGCUGUUGUAUCCUAAUGCUUCUGAUCCUCUUAAUGGUGAUGCUGCUUCGCUGAUGAUGAAGGAUCGUGAACAGUAUGAACUGAAGGUCAAAGAAUAUUGUGAUCGCUAUGCAAAGAAAGAAAACAUUGAUGCAUCUGCUGCCGAAGAUGAAAGUGAUGAGGAGGACAUCAGUAAUGGGCAGUGCACAUCAAGUGAUGAUGAAAUUGCUGGACAUGCAGACCCAUAAAUUAGAAUUAAUCAUACAGGGACUAAGUUAAUUUAGCUUUAUCCCUUUUGUUCAUUUGCUGGCUGUAUCAUGUUUUAGUUAGAAUCACAAUGAUAAUUUAUGUCCAAGUCAUUUUUUAGCUUACUAAUUUAUUUGUUUUAGUAUAGUAAGAAAGCAGUUUGAUAAAAAUUGGUGGGCAUGAUCAUCUGAAUAGAAAUUUAAUGUGUGAAUUUGAUUUUCGCUACAAUAGAUUGAUUUAUUUGAAUUGUCUUCAUUGUUUUUCUCCUCUUACAGAGAUUAGGCAAAGAUCUGCUGCCUAAAAACCAGUUUUGCGCCGAACAGUAUUGAAGAUCAGAAAUUUAUAUUUUUUGACCUAGAGACUCGACCUGUUCUUUUUGGUUCAGUCCGGAGUCACUCCGGACCUAUUACGCCUAUUUUUUGGAUUAUAAUUUUUAGUCUUUCGAAAUUCGUUAUACAUAUACAUGAGGGGCUGAGGGGCUUAGAGAAUUGGAAAAUAGACAAUUUUGUAGAAUGAUAUCUGGGCCUUUUUGAAAUUCGUAAGGAAAGGAUUAAUAUAGGGCCCUUGGAAAAUAAUACUGUAAUAAUACUGUAUGUCCACUGCAUUUGUAGAAGCCAUCAUUUGCAAUUAGAAAACACUAAUAGACAAGCUUUGAGUUGUUC